AUGUUGCUGUCAUUAUUUUCGAAAGAAGCACUACUCAUAGUUGUUGCUCUUGUCAUCGUACAUAUAAAUGGGGUCUUCGUCUUUGGUUCUAGUGUCGUUUCAGACCGUGAGUCAUUAUUAGAAUUCAAAUCAAAGUUUACAGACGACCCUCAAGGUGUUUUCAUAUCUUGGAAUGAUUCUCUUCCUAUGUGCGAGUGGAAAGGAGUGGCAUGUGGUCGUCGUCACCAAAGAGUUACAAGUUUGAAUCUACCAGGCAGAGGUUUAGUUGGCUCUUUAUCUCCUUAUCUUGGUAAUCUCAGCUUUCUCGGUUAUCUGAUUCUGGACCAGAACCAAAUUCAAGGAAGUAUACCUCCCGAGUUUGGUUAUUUAUAUCGAUUGAAGGUAUUAUCCCUUUCCAAUAAUUCUUUGACUGGGGAAAUCCCAGCCAACAUGUCGAGCUGGCCUAACCUAUUGUUCCUUAACUUAAACCGUAAUAAGUUGUCUGGAAAAAUUCCAGAUACUUUUAGCUCUCAUUCAGUUUUAAGUACAUUUCAGGUUGGCAAAAAUGACUUCACGGGUGGGAUUCCACCAUCCAUUGGCAAUGUCACAUCUCUCCAAAGCCUCUCUUUUAGUUAUUGUCCAUUAGGAGGGAGCAUUCCAGAAUCCUUCAAACAACUGAAAAACCUGCGACAAAUAGGCCUUGGAGAAAUGGACCUUGUUGGUGCAUUUCCUUUGUUUUUUUACAACCUUUCAAUGCUAGAAAUUCUAAGUUUUCCAGAAAAUCAACUCCAUGGCACUCUACCGUCGGACUUAUGUUUGAGUCUGCCCCACCUAAAGCAGCUGUCAUUAGCUUUCAAUAACUUCAACGGAUUCCUCCCUCCCUCGAUAUCAAAUUGUUCAGAGUUGGAAGCCAUUGAUGUUGCCCUAAAUAAUUUCACGGGUGAAAUAGAUAUUGAUUUCCAAAAACUCCAAAAUCUUCGAAUUGUAAUUCUUGGUCCCAACAGUUUUCAAAAUAGGGAUCUUGAUCGCCUCACAUUUUUUGACUCUUUGUCUAAUUGUAGCAAUUUGGAGUUGUUGGAGCUUGAAGGUAGCCAAUUAAGGGGAGUGUUACCAAGUUUGCUUGGGAACUUCUCAUCUAAACUGUAUUACCUAGGAAUGAGUUCAAACUAUAUUUCAGGAAGUCUCCCUUCAUCUAUAGGCAAUUUGUUAGGGCUAACUACUCUUUCUCUUACAAUAAACAAUUUCAAUGGCAUAAUUCCUGAAAGCAUCGGCAAGCUUCAAAGCUUGCAAAUCCUAUAUCUUGACAAUAGCCAUUUCUCCGGGUCCAUUCCAAGAUCCAUAGGAAAUCUGUCAAGUGUAACUAAAGUAGCAUUAAGCGGAAACAAAUUGGAAGGCACAAUACCCUCAUCGAUAGGGAGUUGCAAAAGUCUGAUAGCUUUGGACCUUUUUGGAAAUAACCUUAGUGGAAGUUUACCCAACGAACUAUUUCAACUGUAUUCGCUCUCUAUAAGACUAGAUCUAAGCGACAACAAUCUCUCUGGACUUCUUCCACAGGAGAUUGGAAACCUGAAAGUCAUAGGAUUACUUGAUUUUUCUGAGAAUCGUUUCUCAGGUGAAAUUCCAAGUACUAUAAGCGGCUGCAUCAGCCUUCAAACCCUAAAUCUAUCAGGUAAUCUAUUUUAUGGAUCGAUGCCUGAAGCAUUUAGGUCACUAAAAGGCCUUGAAUACGUUGACAUGUCAAGAAAUAACUUUUCUGGAAGCAUUCCAACGUAUUUGCAACAAACUCCAUUGCAACGUUUAGAUAUUGCUUAUAAUAACUUUGAGGGAGAGGUACCUAUUUUAGGUGUUUUUGCCAACACAAGUGCAUUAUCUGUCACUGGGAACAUUAGACUUUGUGGGGGAAUACCUGAGCUUCACCUUGCCAAAUGCACAGCUAGCUACUCCAAAAAAAGUAAAAAGCCUUCUGUACGUGUUGUCUUGGCAAUUUCAUUGCCUAUCAUCAUUCUAGGUUUAGCCGUGGCAUCAUUUGUUUUCUUUAACCGAUGUAUAAAAAGGAAAAGAGAUAAACGAUCUGAUUUAGUAUUAAAUAAAUCUUUCGAGAAGAUAUCUUAUGGAAGACUUUUCAAAGCAACAGAAGGGUUCUCUUCAGAAAAUUUGAUUGGUACAGGUAGCUUUGCUUCAGUUUACAAAGGAGUUAUCAAUGAAAAUAGCUUGAUUGUGGCAAUCAAAGUACUAAACCUUCAACGCCGGGGAGGUUCCAAGAGUUUUAUAGCCGAGUGUGAUGCCUUGAAAAAUAUCCGCCAUCGUAACCUUGUGAAAGUCAUAACUUCUUGCUCGAGUCUUGAUUACCAAGGCAAUGAUUUCAAAGCUUUGGUGUACGAGUUCAUGCCAAAUGGGAGUCUCGAGAGUUGGUUGUAUUCAAUACAUCAUAUGCUAAAUCUUGCUCAAAGAAUUAGCAUUAUCAAAGAUGUGGCAUGUGCGCUUGAUUAUCUACAUUGUCGUUGUGGGUCUAUUGUUGUUCAUUGUGAUUUGAAGCCAAGCAACAUUUUGUUGGAUGCUGAUAUGGUUGCUCAUGUCGGAGAUUUUGGGCUCGCGAAAAUUCUUUCUCUGGAAGAAGUUUCUAGUACAAACGAGAGUAGUGCAAGUGUUAUCAGAGGAACCGUGGGGUAUGCACCUCCAGAAUACGGACUUGGAAAUGAAGUCUCGAUGAGUGGUGACAUAUAUAGCUUUGGGAUACUAUUAUUAGAGAUGCUGACACGAAAGAAACCUGUUGAUCCAAUGUUUGAAGAAGGGCUAGGACUGCAUUCCUACACUAGAAGCGCCUUGAACGAUGGUUUUGUGCUUCAAAUCAUCGAUCCAAUGCUCCUAAACGAGGACAUAGAUGAAGAAACUUUGAUUUCUUUGGUAAAAAUUGGAGUCAAAUGCUCUUCCGAUUCUCCACAAGAUCGAAUGGAUAUUGUGACCGUCGUUCGUGAGCUCUUCUCAAUGUUUUCUACAAGUAGACCUUGA